CCCUCAUCAAGGCAUUCGCAUUCUGCCUCAGACCCCACCAGUUAUAAUUCUCCUUGUAGACGUGUGACGUCGACCGGCUAUCUGCCUCCACCGCUGCCCAUUACCACCAGCUUUGAGAGUACGACAAGCACAUUAGUAGAAAGUCCAUUGGAGUGCAUAGCGGAAUCGCCUUUCGAGCCUUACGAAAGCUGCGCAACUGGGAUUGUGGAACAAGACCAAUCAUACAGAUAUUCAGGAGGAAUGGAACCUGUAAGACUGCAACCGCCCAACAUGGGUGGUACCAAGGGACGCGCUAUGCAACAAGCCAGGGAUAUGGAGGCACUGGUUGCCGAGAGGGCAAAACGGAGUGGCGAAGAGCCUCCGCCAUAUGACUUCUACGAGCUUAUCGGCAAGGGUGCAUACGGUCGUGUGUACAAAGGCCGCAACACUGGUGCCCUGGUUGCCAUCAAGAUUAUCGAAAUUGACAAGGUCGACUACGAGGAGAUGACACACAAGAAUCUUCAAGACACCCUGAAAGAGAUUGACAUUCUGCAGCAGCUGAGAGAUAGUAAAGCAAGACCCUAUGUAAACAUCAUCGAGGAAGCAAGACCUGUUCAUAACGAGUUGUGGAUCAUAAGCGAAUACGCCAGUGGUGGUAGUGUGAAUACCUUGAUGAAGCCCACUGCCAUGAGCAAGGAUCCAGGCCCUGGACUGGCAGAGAAAUUCAUCAUACCUAUCGCCCGCGAGCUAGCACAAGGCCUCAAGUAUAUACACGAAGCGGGUGUGUUGCAUCGAGAUCUAAAGUCUAACAAUGUUCUUAUUCUCGAGGACGGCCGAGUACAAUUAUGUGAUUUCGGUGUCUCCAACACGUUAGAGCCUGAAAGAUCAAAGCGGUCGACCAUUGUCGGCACACCUUUCUGGAUGGCCCCUGAACUUCAAAGAGAGUGGGUAAAGGAUGCCGACCCACAUAGCUUGCUCCAGCCAAGGGAGAUUUCUUACGGUAGCGAAGUUGACAUCUGGGCAUAUGGCUGUACUGUAUACGAGAUGGCUUGCGGCUUCCCGCCACAUCACAAGAUCGGACACUUUGAUCUGGCAACGGCUGGAGUCCCUCAGCUUGAAGGAGACCGUUUCUCUCAAGAGCUAAAAGAUUUCCUUGCUUUCGUCUUCAAGCCUGAGCCGCGAGAUCGUCCUACGCCCGACCAGAUUCUGGAGCACACUUACCUUGCUGAUACUACCAAGAUGUAUCCGACUGUAUCACUCAUCAAAUUGGUUGAAGAGUAUUACAUCUGGGAGCAGCAGGGUGGAACUCGUCAGUCAUUGUUCAAUCCGUAUGGCGCGCAGGCACCUGAUCCCUUGGCCCCGGAGGCUGAGGAUGAUGAUGACGAUGACUGGUCUUUCAGUACUUCCGAAGAGUUUGAACAAGAGCAUGCCACGCAUUUCACGGACCCAUUUGCCACCGGAUCAGGACAGCCCCUGGGUCGUUUCGAACAAUUGCAGGCGAGGUUCAAGGAAGAGUCUAUUGUGAGGGGCCAGAAACGCUUGAAUAAGCUUUUUGACACAAACACGACACCAUAUCGGUACAGCGCAAUUGAUGCGCCAGAUCCUUCCAACGGCCGGCCACCUUCAGAUCUGAUUUUGCGCGAUUUCAAUCCCGGGGCACCCAACCGUGAGACUGUUAUUGACUUGGACUUUUCCAUGCCAUCAGCAGAUGAGGUACCGAGUAUUGAUCUGGGAGAAGUACCAACCAUUCGAGCAAAUCGCAUGAAGAGUCUUCUGCGAGAGUUGGAAGAAGAAGAACUUCGAGACGCCUUUAACGAAGAAGACGAACUGACAAAGCGAGCAACAAAAGACUGGACAUUCCCAAGCAUGAAUGAAGAUCCGAACCGAAAGACAAUGGAAUGGUCCUUCCCCUCUGAACAGCCGAACCGGAAGACAAUGGAGUGGUCAUUUCCCACCGAGCAACCCAACCGUAAGACGAUGGAAUGGUCAUUUCCAGCUCAGCCCCAAAAACCAAAUCGACGUACAGUGGAAUGGACGUUUGACGCAGCAAUGGCAGAAGCCAAUAACGAGGCUCCUAGGAACCGUGCGUCAAAUCGCAUAUCCCGCCGACGAGAAACAAAGGAAUGGACAUUUCCUAAGAUGGACGACAAUCGUAAAACUCAGGACUGGACAUUCCCUAAGAUGGAUGACAAACGUAAAACUGAAGAAUGGACAUUUGAUCUGGGCAGUCCGCAAGAGCCACAGUACGGCAGAUCCAACAGAGCAGAUCCUUCAUCGCCGCCCUUUAACUCCAACUUCCGUCCUAGCCUGCGACACGCACAAACCACUGCGCUGGCGCCUAUAGAUGAUUAUCCUGAGAUGAUUAGCUCUGUGCCUGGAUCACCACUUCGUUCAUCCAUGAUCGACCUGGAUAUGGCUAUGGUGCAAAACUACCGUCCGUCUACGUCGGGUUCUGAGACAAACACGGCAGGAGCAGAGCGUAUCAACGACAAUCCUUUCAACCUUGAAGACCAGGUCCAGCUCUCCCAAAACAAUCACCGCGCAUCGUUCCAUACAAAAUCGCAAUCUGAGCCUAAUCACGCAGUGCCAGGUCUGUUGACACCUCAGCAGUAUGAUGAACAAGGCCAGCCAACGAACCAAGAUUUGCAUCACACAGCCCUGCACCUACGGGGUGUAAGCUCAGCAAGCCAGGUGCAUGCGCCGUCUAAGCAAGGAUCCAACAACUUUGGAGGGGGGCAAUAUCAUCGGAGUAACCAGCGCUCACAGCAAGUCAUCUGGGAUGGUUGGUCGCACAAUAUGGCAUAUGGUGUGAGCAGCGAUGAUCAAUCUCCCCCUAUGAGCGUAACAACGGACACUUCAUUGGAAGAAGAGGACGUCGACGAGCUCUGGGAUGCGUUUGAGCGGCUAAACCUCGUACCACCGCAACAGCGAAGCUAUGGCAGUGUUGGGCUCCAGCCAGCUCGCAGAAACGACUCGACGUCGACAUCGUUGACAUCGACUACAUAUGCGCUGGACUUGGACACGGACGAUACCUAUAACCCGUACUCUUCCUCGUCAGAGUUUGACCACGACAACCAGCAACAGCAACAGAGCAAUUACCGGAAGAGCACAACGGUCAGCGUAGGACCGAACGGCAAGCCGCUUGUCGACUUCCCGAUUCCAAGGGGUCCAGACGUCGAAGCCUUGCUGGGCGUGAAUGUGGAUGCGCGGGUGAUGCAGGACAUGCUGCUCAAGAGCGCCAUGGAACUAAGGGACGGCACUAGGGCAGGUAGGGAUCUGCUGCUGGCCAUGCGGUUGCAGGAUGUAGGGGACCCCGGGGAGGAAGAAGAGGAUGAGGAGACGAGGAACAACACGGUGAGGCUAAGGGGGGUGUAAUGGCGUGCUUGGUUCUUGAAGGAAUGAACUAUUGACUAUUGACUAUGGGCGUUUGGAGAACUAAGGAGCCGUGUCAGACCCGGUGUCUUUUGGCUUUCUGGGCUUUUGGUGGUUGCAAAUGGGUUGCUUCUCCGCUUUUCGCCCUCGUUCAGAUUCGCACUCUGUGAUACCAAUGGGCAUAUUUGGAAACACACGUACAAACAUACGAGUAAUGCAUCAACAUGUAC